AUGUGGCGGCACGCGAGACCGGUAGCUCGCCAACUCCGAACCUUGGAUGGGCGGCGUGCCGCAUCGACUGAAAAGCAAAAGGUCAUUUUCUCGGGUAUCCAGCCUACAGGAACACCGCAUUUGGGCAACUAUGCUGGCGCUAUCCGGCAAUGGGUGCAGCUCCAAAGCGAGCCGGCCGAUUAUUGCAGGCUUAUCUAUUCCGUCGUUGACCUGCAUGCCAUCACUGUGCCCCAACAAGCGAAGCAAUUAAGCCAGUGGAAGAGGGAGACACUGGCUGCAUUGUUGGCAACUGGUAUCAAUCCCGAACGCUCGACCUUGUUUUACCAAUCUUCUGUUCCGUCACACUCAGAACUCAUGUGGAUCCUGAGCUGCACAGCCUCUAUGGGUUACUUGUCUCGUAUGACGCAGUGGAAGAGCAAGUUGUCGCUCUCUUCUGACGCCACCAUUCUCGAUGAAAGUGCCAAGGCUUCAUUGAAGCUCGGCUUGUUUUCGUAUCCGGUUUUACAGGCCGCAGAUAUCCUCGUUCAUCGUGCUACACACGUUCCCGUGGGUGAUGACCAGAGGCAACACCUUGAGUUUGCUCGCGAAUGUGUAACAAACUUCAACCAUCACUUCGGCCCGCACCUCGUACUACCAAAAACCAUCACAUCUACUGCCCGACGAGUUAUGUCACUUCAGCAACCCAAUCAGAAGAUGUCCAAAUCAGCCAAUGAUCCAAGGUCACGCAUCCUCAUAAUUGACACGCCCGAGGAGAUUCACAACAAAAUCAUGAGUGCGCGGACGGACUCUUCGAACUAUGUUUCUUAUGAUCCGACCAACCGGCCAGGGGUAUCGAAUUUGGUGGAAAUUCUAUCCAUCUUCGAUAGCCAGGGAAGGACCCCAUGCCAGCUUGCUGAAACCCUCUCUCAGACAUCUCUUAAAGACCUCAAGCAGAUCGUCUCUGCAGCUGUCGUCCAAGGGCUUGAUGGAAUUCGUGCGCGCUACUUCGAUUUUUUGUCGGCGGACGAGGGGAAAUAUCUCGACGCCGUCGAGGCACAAGGGGCAAAAAGGGCCCGUCUUAGCGCAGAGGAAACUAUGACCAUUGUACGAGAAGCAACUGGGCUAUAA